AUGUAAUCUUCAGUUACUUACUUUGAACUUUAGACUCUUAUUUUCUUGAUCAUUUUCGGAAUGAUUAUGAUUUCAUUGAAAUACUUUCAAGAUCCAAAACAAAAAGAAUCGAAAGUAAUUCUUCUUUAAUUAAUUGAUAGUUAAAGCUUUGGAAUCGUAUGAUCACUAAUUAUGAAGGUAUUUAACUAACCCUGGAUGAAGAACAACUUUUAAAAUAAACAUUUAAGAACACCUUAAGAAAUCGCACAGUGGCAAUAAGUCCAUCAAUACCAAGAUAAGUAAAAUCUACAAAAAGGGUUAGCUUUUAAUAAUUUGAUAAUUAACUUUGAG